UCGGUUUAAAAGUUUAUGUGACGAUCCUGCCUCGUAGAAAUUUUACGUGCGUCACUAAAGUCGAUAAUUCUCGAACUCGAAGAAGGAAAUGAUAUGCUUCGAUUCUAUCGAUUCAUUGACGUUAUUUGCUAAAAAUUAGGAUUAAACGGCGGAGAACUGCUAUUAAAGACGGUGAGAUAAAGAUUUUUCAUUGACAUUAUUUUUUCCAAAUAUAAAUCAAAGACGUAAAAAUGACAGAAACCGAGAAUAUUUUCUUGUUCGUUCCUAAUAUUAUAGGUUACGGAAGAGUGAUCUUGGCUCUGAUUUCUUUUUAUUUUAUGCCAAGUAACUAUGUCAUUGCAUCUUCAUGUUAUAUUAUUAGUGCUUUAUUGGAUGCAGUGGAUGGCCAUGCGGCCAGAUACUUCAAUCAAAGCACAAGAUUUGGUGCUAUCUUAGAUCAAUUAACCGAUAGAGUUGGUACCAUGUGUCUUUUGGCAACAUUAUGUAUUUUUUAUCCUUCUUAUAGUUUUUGGUUUCAAUUAAGCAUGGGUAUUGAUAUUGCUUGUCACUGGAUUUAUCUUCACACAACACUGCUACAAGGGAAAACAAGUCACAAAUUUAUUGACAUGUCCGAAAAUCCAAUCAUGCGGGUAUACUAUACCAACCGUAUGGUUCUAUUUUUCAUGUGCGCUGGAAAUGAAAUGUUCUAUGCUACCUUAUAUCUUCUUUACUUCACCGAAGGACCCAUUUUGGCUGGUGUAGGAUUGUAUAGGAUACUGAUGUAUCUCUCAGCUCCAGUUGCAAUAGUCAAGUCUGCAAUCUCAAUUUUGCAUGGAUAUGUAUCUUGUAUCAACAUGAGUAUAAUUGAUCAGAAGGAACGUCAGGAACAUCUUAAAGCAAACUAAAAUGUUUUGCUUACAUAUAUUAUCUACUAGUCAUACUAAAUGUGAUCAACUGAUCUUCCUUGAUUAUAAAAUAACAUAUAUUUAAAGGAUGCAUUUUCAAUCUGCUAUUCUUAUAAAUCAAAGCAACCUGAUGUGCCACAGUACAUUAUUUUUAUCUUGGUUUUUAAUAUAAAUUAUAUCUUAACUAGUAUAUCUCAUUGAAAGUAAAAUAAAAUUGUUUAUUUUUCAUAUUAUAAAUAAAAAACACACUAAUGUA